CUAUUGAAAACACUGAAGAAAUGAAGAAACUUAACGACACAGUUUUCGCCGCUGGUAACAGCUCUAAGGUUUGGAUUGGCCUGUAUAAUCAUAUUGACUUGAAGUGGUCAGAUGGGUUCAACGAGAGUGGAGCUGAAAAUGGGAACUGGGCAAUCCUUCGUGACCAAAGCUAUUCUGAAGGCAAUCAGUUCUGUCUGAUCAUGAUUAAUCAUGCUUUAUGGUAUCAUUAUUACUGCCAUAAACAGGGUCCAUUUCUCUGCUACAGAGGAACAUUAGAGGAUUCUGACUUUGUGCUAGUGAAUACAGCAAAGAAUUGGACUGAGUCUCAGAGGCACUGCAGAGAACACUUCACAGAUCUGGCCACUGUGAGGAACAGAACUGACAGUGACGAGAUACACAACUUGACAAAACAUCUCCCAUGGGCAUGGAUCGGUUUGUACGGAUAUCUUCAGUUUUACUGGUCCGACGGGAGUAACUACUCAUUCAGCUCCUGGUAUAAGCAUCCACAGUCACUUGACUCAUUGAAAGUCAAAUGUGGUGUUGCAGAUUUGAAGAAUGGAGGAAACUGGAGGUUAUUUUCCUGUGAAGAAAGAAAACCAUUUGUCUGCUACAGCGUCCCAACAGUUAAAACGUUGGUGAAGGUGAGGGUGAACCUACAGGACUCCUCUGUGGACCUGAAUGACCCUGCUGUGAAAGAACAGAUUCUGAAAGAGGCAAGUCUCCAAAAUCCACCCUGA